GUGCUGCGGGACACGGCCAACCGCCUGCGGAUCCAUUCCACCAGGGCCACGUGUGCCUCCAGCUCCGGCCACUGCACGCCGUGCUGCAGUGCAGCGGAGAUCAUGUCUGUCCUCUUCUUUCACACGACGAGGCAUAGACAGAGAGACCCACAACACCGCGACAGCGACCGGUUCAUCCUUCUCCAACGACUACCGUUUGUUGACGUGGCAACAGGGUCCCUUGGGCAAGGAUUAGGUGCUGCCUGUGGAAUGGCUUACACUGGUAAGUACUCCGACAAGGCCAGCUGCCGGGUGUUCUGCCUGAUGGGAGAUGGUGAAUCUUCAGAAGGCUCUGUCUGGGAGGCUUUGGCCUUUGCUUCCCACUACAGUUUGGACAAUCUCGUGGCAGUCUUCGACGUGAACCGCUUGGGACAAAGUGGCACCACACCCCUUGAGCACUGCAUAGACAUCUAUCAGAAUCGCUGUGGCUUUGGGUGGAAUACUUACUCAGUGGAUGGCCACGAUGUGGAAGCCUUGUGCCAAGUGUUCCUGCAAACCUCUCAAGUGAGGAACAAGCCUACUGCUAUAGUCGCCAAGACCUUCAGGGGUCGGGGUAUUCCUAACAUGGAGGAUGCACAAAAUUGGCAUGGAAAGCCAAUGCCAGAGGGAAGAGCACAUGCCAUUAUCAAAUUAAUACAUACUGACAGGAAUCUCAUACCACGACCCCCUGUUGAAGAUUCACCUCAAAUCAGCAUCACAAAUAUAAAAAUGACCUCUCCACCUGCUUACAAGGUUGGUGACAUGACAGCUACUCGAAAAGCAUGUGGUUUGGCUCUGGCCAAGCUGGGUCAUGCAAAUGAGGAAGUUAUUGUUCUGGAUGGUGACACAAAGAACUCCACCUUUUCUGAGAUAUUCAAGAAAGAACACCCUGAGCGUUUCGUAGAGUGCUUUAUUGCUGAGCAGAACAUGGUAAGUGUGGCACUGGGCUGUGCCACACGUGAUCGAACCAGUUUUGCUAGUACCUUCGCUGCCUUUUUGACCCGAGUGUUUGAUCAGAUCCGUAUGGGAGCCAUCGCUCAAACCAAUAUCAAUCUUAUUGGUUCCCACUGUGGGAUGUCCAUUGGUGAAGAUGGACCUUCCCAGAUGGCCCUGGAGGAUCUAGCUAUGUUCUGAAGCAUUCCCAAUUGCACUCUUUUCUAUCCAAGUGAUGCUAUCUCAACAGAGCAUGCUGUUUAUCUGGCCGCCAAUACCAGGGGAAUAUGCUUCAUUCGAACCAGCCAACCAAAAACUGCAGUUAUUUGUACCCCGCAAGAAAAUUUGGAGAUUGGACAGGCUAAGGUGGUCCACCACAGUGUCAAUGACAAGGUCAGAGUUAUUGCAGCUCGAGUUACUCUACAUGAGGCUUUAGCAGCCGCUGAUGACCUUUCUCAACAAGGUUUUUCUAUCUGUGUCAUCGACCCAUUUACCAUUAAACCCCUGGAUACUGCCACAAUCAUUUCCAGUGCAAAAGCCACAGGUGACCGGGUUAUCACAGUGGAGGAUCACCGUAGAGAAGGUGGCAUCGGAGAAGCUGUAUGCGCUACUGUCUCCAGGGAGUCUGACAUCCUUGUUCAUCGGCUGGCAGUGUCAGGAGUACUUCGAAGUGGGAAACCUAGUGAAUUGAUGGAUAUGUCUGGAAUCAGUGCUGGACACAUCAUAGCAGCUGUGAAAUCUACUUUAAUGAACUAA